AUGGCGGUCACCGUCGCCGUCUACAGCCUUUUCAUCAUCAAUAAGUCCGGAGGGUUGAUCUUCUACAAGGUCGGGGCCUGGUCCACUCCUUAUUCCUCCUUCUUGAAUGAUCGCGGGACGCUGAGAUCCGAGGCGAUGGGGCCGUGCAGGACUACGGAUCGGCGGGCCGGAUGGACACGAACGACAGCCUGCGUUUGGCGAGCCUGUGGCACUCGAUGCACGCCAUCUCCCAACAGCUCUCGCCGACAGUAGGCUGCUCUGGCAUUGAGCUCCUUCAGGCGGACACUUUCGAUCUCCACUGCUUCCAGUCCCUCACCGGUAACGAUCGAGAUCCUUUUUUCUUGGCGCCUCUUCGUUCUCAUUCAGCAUUCGAUUCGUUGUGAUUAAAUAACUGCGACCGGGUCCUUGAGGCGGACGAUGGGCAAGGAGGGUUUAAUUUCUGUGGUUGGGAUGCCUGUUUCUUCUCCUCCUAGACAGCCGAUGGCAACCAGGGUUCGGAAGAGGAGACAAUGAUCCCAAGGAGCGUGAGGGGCUCUGAUGCGGCCUCCCCUCUACCGCCUCUCGCCCUCUCUACAACGGGAGACGAGUGAUAGACUUGAUCUGCUUCUUUCGGAAACGGCACCUUCUCUCCCUUGUAAUUGGGAUGGGUGUAGGAUGAUAUUUUUUUACGAGAUUGCACAGUUUUUAAAAAAUACUUUUGGAGAUUUCACAUUUUAAGAAAAAAAAUGGUACAAGCUUUUGGAAUUCGAUAGGAAAAUCCUUAGGAUCAUAUCUGAUGUUGAGAGGUAUGAUUGCCUUGCAAUCCUUCUAGCCCGUCGUCUUAUCCAUGCUGGCUUUGGAGCUGCCUAUCAACUGAUGCUCAUUUGAUUUAGGAGUGCGUUGGCAUGAAAUUCUGAUCGCUAUAAUUUCUCGUAAGCUACUUUCUGGUUGAGGUCUUUUACUUUCGUGAUGUUUGGGGUGACUGAUAACAAAGGAGCAUAUAGAAAAUUCAAUUUCAGGUUCAUUGGAAACAAGGAUACUUGGCAGGCUUAGGAAGUGACUAGGUUUGAACGGAUGAUGCUUGCUCUCUGAUUUCUACAUCUCAAACAUGAAGGAUGUUUUCGGAUGUGUGACAUGUGACAUGGUUUUGAUUUGAAAACUGUCAAAUAUUGAAGGAGAGUAUUGGAUAAUAUCUUGUAAGAUUGGUUUUAUCCAACUGGUUUGGAUAUACUCCAAGCCUUCCCAUAGGCCACUACAUCUAAUCCAGUGUAAGUUAGCUUACGUAAAGUGUUAACUAGACAUUUUUACAGCAACAUAGGCCCUUCUUGAUAAAAAGCUGGUGCAACACAAUGGAGAUGGUAUGAACAAAAGUGUGAAACUCUCAGUUUGAUAAUAAGGCAAGAACAGAAUUUGAUAGCCCACUUGAAUAUUGACAAGACCAUUGGAGAGCUUUAUGAUUGUGUGUGUGUGUGUGUGUGUGUGUGUGAGAGAGAGAGAGAGAGAGAGAGAGAGAGAGAGAGAGAGAGAGAGAGAGCGCUCUAAAUCCUUGGAUGUUUGAAUACAUCGAAGCCUGAGUCAUCUCCCAUUGGAAGCGUUUUUACACCUUGAAAAGCUUUAUUAUUUAUUGUAAAGGAUUCAUUCUUUGUUAAGUAGUUUUUAACAUUUUUUAGUUGGUAUUCUAUGCAAAAUAGCCAUUACGACUUUUCAAGCGGCAACAUUGAAGUUGCAGGUGUUGAUACCUAUAUUCAGGGUUAUAUUCAUCAUACUUUAGGGCUUAUUUUAUGAUUUGCCCGCUAACUUUGAGGAAUCAGCGCUUGUCAUAAUGCUUUUAUUUUCUUGACUUGCAAAGCCUUCACUUCUUUCAAUCAAUUUAUGAUUUUAUUUCGAAUUGUUUGAUCAUUGUGAUCCAUUGUAACUGCAUCGAAUAUUCGUCAAGAAGAUCUCCACGAGUCAGUACGAAAACUGAAAUUUUAUCCUUAUCGAAAAUAACGUAUCGUGUUCUGCAUUCACCAUUAUCAUGAUUUAUAUAUUAUUGCCGUUGUUAUGCGCAUUCCCAUGGUUGUCAAGUGUUCCAUAUCUCAUCUCCUGUCUGUUUGGACAAAAUACCAUUUAUGCAGAGAAUCCCAGGAGCUUGCCACUCCAUUUCUUGUCUCCUGGUCGUUGUUGUUGGGACGGACAACAAUCGAAAAUGUCCCAGUGGUGCUAAGUCUGAUGCCUUUUUUGGAGAAGGAAGGGGGGGGGGAUUAAAAUCUGUUUAGCGGCCAUUCGUCUCAUUUGUUCCAGUGAGAAGUAGAUCUGAUUUGGUGUGAGGAGAUGAACUCAGCCAUAAAGUCCCCCGAUUUCCGUUCUUGGUUUUAUGAAUCAAGUUUACUUGGCUACUGUCUCCACUAUCCGCGGGGGAAGUGGACGUGGAGGCGGAUGAUGCUCUUCUUGGUCCGAGGACCGGUCUUGGACCAAAACCCUAUAUCAUAUGUCAAUCAUUCUCGGGCCAUUUCUGCUCUUCUAUGAGGGGGAGCUGGUGGAGCCACUUUCUUCAUUAAAACCAUAAGAUGCUGAGCAUGCAGCAAAAGGAUACUUUCUCAAAUCUUUGUGGUGCCAUAGGCCGUUUUACCAGCCCUCUCCUCCGUCUCAGUAUAUCCGCGAAUGGCCAAUUGCACUUGGAGAAGUCAACCCCAGCUCAUGAGAAUCGGAGACUUGACAGUGAUCAUUCACCCAAGGGGGAGGAUCGAGGGCUCUUUGCUGUGGCACAGAUAGAUAGAUCCUUUUAGUCAUCCUCUCCCUCAUAUCAAUAAUAUAGAUUCACGCUGAGAAAAAGUCAACCCAUCUCGUGAGAUGUAUGUUCUUUGAGAAAAGGUCAACCCAUAUCCUCGCUUACUUAAAGAAGAAAAAAAGAAAGAAAGAAAGCAAGCAAGCAAGAAAGAAAGAAAGAAAAUAAAAAGAAAAGGAGUUGAGAAGAAGUAGAUUGUUGUUGAUUGUGAUUUAAUUUUAUUUCAGGGACAAAAUUCUUCGUGGUGUGCGAGCCUGGGCGGGCGAAUAUGGAGGCCCUGCUGAAGGCGAUCUACGAGCUGUACACGGACUUCGUCCUGAAGAACCCCUUCUACGAGAUGGAGAUGCCCAUCCGUUGCGAGCUCUUCGAUCUCAACCUCUCCCAGGCCGUCCAGAGGGACCGUCCACCCGUCUUCCCCGGCAGAUGA